AUGUGGUUCAACAGACUCGCGUUUUGUGCGUUUAUAGUCAUAGCAUGGGCCGAAGCCCAGCAAGACGUCCAAUUGGAAAUCCCGCAGGGAUUUCUAAAGGGUCUGAAGGCCAAUAGCGUUUUGCAGAACAAGCCGUAUUAUAGUUUCAAAGGGAUACCCUACGCGAAACCUAAUGUCGGUGUCAAUAAAUUCCAGAUGCCCGAGCCGGCCGAACCCUGGGAAGGGACGUACGACGCGACCUACCAUCGCUCCGCUUGUCCCUUCUUCUGCAUGAUACAGCAAGACAUGAUCGGCGAAGAGGACUGCCUCUACCUCAACGUUUACACCCCGAUAUUGGACAAGGAAGCCCGCAAGGCUGUGAUGGUUUGGUUCCACGGUGGCGGCUUCAAUACCGGCUUCGGGGACGACUUAUUCUUCGGGCCGGACUUCUUGAUCGAGCACGACGUCGUCGUAGUAACACUCAAUUAUAGACUCGGUGCUAUCGGAUUCUUGAACACCGGAGACAAGAGCGCGCCCGGCAACGCCGGCCUGAAGGACCAAGUGAUGGCGUUGAAAUGGGUCAAGGACAACAUACAUUAUUUCGGCGGCUGCCCCAAUCGGGUGACGAUCUUCGGCGAAGACGCGGGCGCGAGUUCCGUUCAGCUGCACAUGAUGUCCCCGAUGUCGGACGGCUUGUUCAACGGCGCUAUCCAGCAGAGCGGCAGCGCGAUGAACACGUGGGCGAUAUCUUACAAUCCCCGGGAGCUCGCUUUCAAAUUAGGAGAGCAGCUCGACAUCGAGACCACCGACUCCGGCGAACUGGUCGCCAAGCUCGCCGAAUUCACCCCGAAAGAGCUGGUCGCGGCCAGCGAGGACUUAAUGAACACCGAGAACACGAUGAACGGCCGCUUCUCGGCGUUCCUGCCGUCGGUCGAGGCUGACCUAGGGCAAGAGAUAUUCCUGCCCGCCGAUCCGUGGACGCUCCUCAAGACCGGCAAGAUCGCCGACGUGCCUGUCAUGGCCGGGAUCACCGCCGACGAGACCGCCUUCUUCGUACAGAUGAUGCUCGGCAAUAUCGAUCAGAUGAAUGAGCACUUCGAGAACUUCCUGCCGGAUGACUUGAACGUAACCGACGCCGGGCAGAGGAACCAACUAGGCGAGAGCUUGAAGAGCUUCUACUUCGGCGAUAAGUCGAUCUCCACGGAUACCACGAAAGAGUUCAUGACGAUGUUGGACGACGUCAUGUUUGACGCCGCGGCUGCGCUCAGUUUAGAGAUAUUAAGCUCCCGAAUCUCGGCGCCGGUUUACGAAUAUAUAUUCUCUUACGAGGCUCCGUUCGGCUUGAUGAAAAGUCUGUUCCACGUGGAAGACGGUGUCGCCCACGGUGACGAGAUGACCUAUGAAUUUUACUCGAACGCGCUGAAGAAUCUGCCGCAGAGCGGCUCGCCCGCGGAGGAGAUGACGCGCGUUUUCACCACGUUGUUGACGAAUUUCGCGAAAGACGGGAAUCCCACGUCGAACUUGGACGAUUACGUGAACGUAAAGUGGGAGCCUCGGGGCGAAAAUGAUAACUAUAUGAAUAUUGGCCAGGGUUUAAAGAUGGAGCAGGGUCUGCUGAAGAACAGGCUCGAGUUCUGGAAGAAUUUGUACGGAAAUGUGCUCGGCUGA